AUGGCUAGUGCUAAAAUACUGCAACGUGCCGAGACGGCAAUGGAAAUAGGUGAGGAUUUUCUAGUGUCGGACGAAGAUGACGACGACGACGCCGACGAGGGCAGUGAAAACAUGCCGUGCAGUGAGGAUGCCGACGAAGAACGAGGAGAGGGAGAGGAUGAAGCUCACGAUGACAAACAGCCAAGCGCAGAGCAGCAAAAGAAUCAGAAACAGGACGAAAAAGCUUCAACUUCAAAUUCUACUCCGGAUGGUAAAACGAAGAAAUCUGAAAAGGGUUUGGUGAACAAACUGAAGAAUUUCGUAGGUGUUAUGCGGCCAAGCGAAUACAUCCAGUUGAAAACAAGAGUCGGAGAACUGUCGGAGGUGGGAGGUCAACUGGCGGCUACCCGGAGCAGCUAUGAUAGCGUGAAAGCAGAAUUGAAGGAAUCGCAAAACAACCGAGAAAGUUUGCUCAAUAAAAUUGACAAACAAUCCGAGGAACACCGUGUUGAGGUCGAUCGAUUGAAUGAAGAACUUAAGAAAAUGGCCAAAGACCUCUUACUGAUGGAACAGGAGAAGAAAUCAAUUGAAGAAAAAUAUAAACUGAACGAAGAUGCAUUAUCAUCAAUGAAGGAAGGGAAGUUGCAGUGGAAAGUUGGAACAAAGUUGGACUUCGAGGCAUCUAAUAUGGGUUCUGAAGGUGAAAUCGAGCGCAUGAACUUGGAGAAGACAUCAAUUGAAGACAAACAUAAAAAAAACGAAGAUACAUUAUCAUCAAUGAAGAAUGAACUAAAGGAUUCGCGAGACAUCCAAGAACGUUUGCUCAACAAAAUGGCCAAACAAUCCCAGGAGCAUCUUGUUGAGGUCGAUCGAUUGAAUGAUGAUUUGAAGAAAAUGGCCAAAGACCUCUCAAAGAUGGAACUGGAGAAGACAUCAAUUGAAGACAAACAUAAAAAGAAUGAAGAUGCAUUAUCAUCGAUGAAGAACGAACUAAAGGAAUUGCACGACAUCCAACAAAGUUUGCUCAGUAAAAUGGUCAAACAAUCCGAGGAACAUCGUGUUGAAGUCGAUCGAUUGAAUGAUGAACUAAAGAAAACGGCCAAAGACCUCUCAGCGAUGGACCAGGAGAAGAAAUCCAUUGAAGACAAACAUAAAAAGAAUGAAGAUAUAUUAUCGUCGAUGAAAAACGAACUAAAGGAAUUGCAAGACAUCCGAGAAAGUUUGUACAAUAAAAUGGUCAAACAAUCCGAGGAGCACCGUGUUGACGUCGAUCGAUUGAAAGAUGAACUAAAGAAAACGGCCAAAGACCUCUCAGCGAUGGACAAGGAGAAGAAAUCCAUUGAAGAAAAACAUAAAAAGAAUGAAGAUGUAUUAUCAUCGAUGAAAAACGAACUAAAGGAAUUGCACGACAUCCAACAAAGUUUGCUCAGGAAAAUUGCCAAACAAUCCGAGGAGCAUCGUGUUGAGGUCGAUCGAUUGAAUGAUGCUUGGAAGAAAAUGGCCAAAGACCUAUCAGCGAUGGAGCAGGAGAAGAAAUCCAUUGAAGACAAACAUAAAAUGAAGGAAGAUGCAUUAUCAUCAAUGAAGGAAGACGGAGACGAUGACAACGACGACGAUACCGAUAAGGAUAGCGACAACUGCAGUGAGGAUGCCGAUGCAAAAGGAGUAGAGGCAGAUAAUGAAGCUGAGGGCGAAGCAAAGUCGAACGCAUCGGAUCCGGCCAAACCAAACUGUGAGCAAAAGGAUGACAAACAGGACAAAAACGCUUCCAGCUCAGAUCCUGCCAAGGAAGCUAAACCGAAGGUAGAAGGAUGGUUGCAGUGGAAAGUUGGAGGAAAGUUGGACUUCGAGGCAUCCAAUAUGGGUUCUGAAUCCAAACCGAAAGAUGAUGAGAAAACCAAUACGUCUAUUGAUGAAGGUGAAAUUGAGCGUAUGGAUUUGGAGAGGAAAUCAAUUGAAGACAAACAUAAAAAGAACGAAGAUGCAUUAUCAACAAUGAAGAACGAACUUGAGAAAUUGCAAGACAUCCGAGAAAGUUUGCUCAACGAAAUGGCCAAACAAUCCGAGGAGCACCGUGUUGAGGUCGAUCGAUUGAAUGAUGAGUUGAAGAAAAUGGCUGAAGACCUCUCAAAGAUGGACCAGGAGAAGAAAUCCAUUGAAGACAAACAUAAAAAGAGUGAAGAUGCAUUAUCAUCAAUGAAGAAUGAACUAAAGGAUUCGCGAAACAAUCGAGAAAGUUUGAGCCAAGAAAUGUCCAAAAAAUGUGAGGAGCAGCAUGUUGAGAUCAAUCGUUUGACUGAGAAACUCGCAAAGAUGGAUGUGGAGAAGAAAUCCAUUGAAGACAUACGUAAAAUGGAAGCAGAUGCGUUGUCAUCAUUGAAGAAAAAACUGGAAAACUUGUCACCUGUUCGAGACAUCUUGAAAUUGGAACUGAUGAAGCAACUGAAGAAAAACCUGUCGGAAUCAAAUCAGUUGGAGGAAAAUUGUAAUGAAAUAGAAAACCAGAUAAGUAAGCUGAACGCUGACCAACAGAAUGGAACGGAUCAGUUUCUUCAGUUGCUGGAAGAAAUGAAAAAUCACUACAAUGCUGAGAAACAACUAGAGCUUGAUAAGCUCAAAUAUGAAAAAGACACUUUGCAAUCCAAGCUUAACACCAGUAACGCCAAAGUGGACGAUUUGAGUCUCGCAAUUGCGGUGUAA